AGGACAUGGUCUUUCGGAGACAUCAUACAGCACAUGUGAGCUUGUGAGCAUUCCAAUGGCCGGGGGGUGGGAGUCUCUCAAUGUUUCAGUUGCAGAGUAAACAAAAAGGGAGCGUGAGCAGAGAGGCGACUUUCUCGAACCAUACAUCAUCACGUUACUAAAGAUUCUCUCCUCAUCGAAACUACGACAAGGCACUUCACUGGCGUCGCGUAACUUUCCCGCCGUUUACCGUCGAUGUCAGCUGGAAAACAACCGCAACAGCUGCUAUCCUCCUUCUCCUCCGCCUCGGCCGCUACAUCACCACUAUGCUCCCUGAAAGCAUCUCUUCUCUCCCUUGCCGUUUUAACGCUCCUCUCAUUCACUUACCUUUCUCUCAAUUCCCUCAACUCCUCCGCUCCUCAGGUCCCCCCGCAAGUAACCACCGUUACUGCUAUUACUGUGGACAGAAGGAAGGGUGAGAGUGAUGGUGGAGGGGGGGAUUUGUCGGAUGUUUAUCAUUUGCCGGAGGUGUUUCGCUUGAAUUACGCGGAGAUGGAGAGGAGUUUCAAAGUUUACAUUUACCCCGACGGUGAUCCAAAUACUUUUUAUCAGACACCGAGGAAACUCACAGGUAAGUAUGCCAGCGAGGGCUACUUCUUCCAGAAUAUCCGGGAGAGUCGAUUUCGCACCAUGGAUCCGGAUCAAGCAGACCUGUUUUUCAUCCCGAUCUCUUGCCACAAGAUGCGAGGCAAGGGCACUUCAUACGAGAACAUGACCAUAAUUGUUCAGAAUUAUGUGGACAGCUUAGUAGUCAAGUAUCCUUACUGGAACAGAACUCUUGGAGCGGAUCACUUCUUUGUAACUUGUCAUGACGUAGGUGUUAGGGCAACUGAGGGAGUUCCAUUUCUUGUGAAAAAUGCAAUUCGAGCUGUGUGCUCACCAAGCUAUGAUGUAGGGUUUAUUCCACACAAGGAUAUUGCCCUUCCGCAAGUACUGCAACCUUUUGCUCUUCCAGCUGGAGGAAAUGAUAUAGAAAGCAGGACGACCCUUGGUUUUUGGGCUGGUCAUAGAAACUCUAAGAUUAGAGUAAUACUUGCACGUGUAUGGGAGAAUGAUACUGAAUUGGAUAUUUCCAACAACAGAAUAAAUAGAGCUACUGGGCAUCUAGUAUAUCAAAAGAGAUUUUACAGGACUAAAUUCUGCAUAUGCCCUGGUGGCUCCCAGGUCAACAGCGCUCGCAUAGCUGACUCUAUCCACUAUGGAUGUGUUCCUGUGAUUUUAUCAAAUUAUUAUGAUCUUCCAUUCAAUGACAUUCUCGAUUGGAAAAAGUUUGCUGUCGUACUCAAGGAGAGUGAUGUAUACCAGCUCAAGAAAAUCCUCAAGGACAUACCUGAUUCAAAAUUUGCUUCGCUGCACAUGAACUUAGUCAAGGUUCAAAAGCAUUUUCAAUGGAAUUCACCUCCCAUUAAAUACGAUGCCUUCCACAUGGUCAUGUACGACCUCUGGUUGCGCCACUAUGUCAUCAAAUACUAAUUUGUUGACGGAUACAAUUGCUAAACACUUUUGUGUACAUCCAAGAGUUGCCACACAGUGCUGAAGAAACAGGAAUUUUCCACAACUCUACCACUCAAAUCAAUUUGAUUCUGUUUCAUGACAACAUAAUCUUCACUGAGUAAGUACUAGAAAACCUUCCCCUGCUCUUAGAUGAAUUCAAUUUCUCAUUUCAUCCUCUGAAAAACAUUUGAUCCAAGAAA